AGAUGACCACAGCCACCACUCUGGGAGAUGCCACCUUCUUCUUGAACAUGACCACCAGGGGAGAAGACUUCCUGUACAAGAGUUCUGGAGCCAUCGUGGCCGCCAUUGUGGUGGUUGUCAUCGUCAUCUUCACCGUGGUUCUGAUCCUGCUGAAGAUGUACAACAGGAAAAUGAGGAUCAGGCGGGAGCUGGAGCCCAAGGGCCCCAAGCCGGCUGCCCCUUCUGCCCUGGACCCAAACAGCAACAGCAGCCAGCAGCCUACAGCGGUGACCUUCGGCCCGGCUGAUGUCCACGUGGAGACCCGGUGACCCCUGUCCUGUGCUGUCUC